GCCCGGAACUAUAACAUUGUUUUACGCAAACUACUGUAUUGUGUGCUGAAUUUCGCGCUCGUUUAACGUCGGUUUUCUUUUCCACUGUGGCAGAGACAAACACAAUGGAGGCCCAACUUGAUGACCUACUUGCAAACGAGGAGGAUCUUGAGAGCGUUUUGUGCGUGCUGGCCGGAAGUGACCCAGAAAACUGCUCUUAUUCCCGGGGCUACGUGAAGAGGCAGGCUGUGUUUGCAUGCAACACAUGCACCCACAAUGCUGCAGAGCCAGCUGGUAUUUGUCUGGCUUGUGCCAACAAGUGCCAUGAUGGGCAUGAUAUCUUUGAACUAUAUACCAAAAGAAAUUUUCGCUGUGAUUGUGGAAACAGCAAGUUUGGGGAUUUCCGAUGUCAGCUCAUUCCGGCCAAAGAUAAGGAAAACGUGAAAAACCUUUAUAGUCACAACUUCUCCGGCUGCUACUGCACAUGUGACCGGCCGUAUCCAGACACGGAUGAUCAGGUCAACGAUGAGAUGAUUCAGUGUGUCGUCUGUGAGGACUGGUUUCACACGAGGCAUCUACAGUGCACGAUGGUGGAGCCGGAGGAGCUGCAGGAGAUGGUAUGCGAGGCCUGCAUGAACAAGGCUCCUUUCUUGUGGACGUACGCUGCCCACUUUGCAGUUUCACCCGAGAAGGAUGAAGAGGGUGAUGUGGAAGGAGAGGAAAUACGUCAAGACGCAAGUAAAAUUAGAGAUGAAGAACCUUCCACAAGUCUGGAGCCCAAGAAGCAGGAGGGAGCAGAAACCAGGAGCUUUCCUUGUAAACGGAGCCAUGAUGACAUGACAGCUAGCCCCGGAGAGAGCAAAACGACGGCUUGCAAGCUGAAAGCUCUCCAGGCCCAGAAUGCGGAGAGACCAAGACGAGGAGCUGUGUUCUGGCCUUACAGUUGGCGCUCUGAGCUGUGCACCUGCACGAGCUGCAAGAGGGCAUACGUAGCUGCGCAGGUGCACUUCCUUAUGGACGAGUCAGACUCGGUUCUAGCCUAUGAGAACAGAGGCUUGGACGAGCCGUUUGGGCAGCACCCGCUUAUGGCAGUGACGAGUUCAAUGACCAGAGUACAGCAGCUAGAGUUCAUUUAUGGCUACAAAGAGCUGACAACUGCAAUCACAGCAUUUUUGCACCAAUGUGCUGCAGAAAAAAGGGUGGUUACUCCUGAAGCUGUACAUCAGCUUUUUGAGGAGCUACAGGCUAGAAAAAGACGCAGAAUCAACACAGGCUACCAGUGACCAAAUGGAGGACGUCUAUGCUGCUUCUGCUUCUGCCGCCAUGUGGUGCUUGGAAUAAAACUGUGAAUGAACAAAAGGGGUGUUUAUGCUGCAAGCAAUGAAGUUGGAACAAAUAGUGAAAAGCAUCAUCAUCACAUUUGUGGUGUAUGUUUCUGUUAAAGAUGCCUUACCCUUGAAGCUGAGAAAACAGUCGUGACUAGUUGCUAUUUCUUGCAUGUGCAUUUGUGACCAAUUUUGUUUCAGUGCUGGAUGUUUGGGGGGGGGAGUCUGUUAAAGACACAUGCUGCUUAAUUGUUUACAUGGAGAGAGCGAGAGAGAGAGGUAUGUCCUGGAGGCAUUUAGUAAAGACAAAUGUGAACUCUUCUCCUGAGAAACUCUUCAUUUGACGCAGUGAUGUCAGUGGCUGAUGAGUCACUCACUUUUUCACUAUCAUGAGCCCAGAGUGUUAAAUUCACCAUUCAAAUGGUAGCUGGCAUAUUGUGAUUUAUCCACAUUACCAUUACUGACACAUACUUUACACUGUAGGUAAGGUCAAAUAACUUACGUGAAACGUUACGUUCAUACUAAAUGAAAGUAUACACUGAAUUCUUCACAUCUCGCCUCAAAUGUACUCUUAGUUUAAAUAAUUUAAUAUUUGUAUUAAGAUAUAAGUCAUUGUAAGACUAUCUUAUACUCUUAUUACCAGUUUCAUGGCUGGUGAGGCACUGACUCUCUUGGAGGGUUUUUUCUGUUAAUGCAGGUUGCUCGUUAGGAGGAUAGCAAGAAAAAGAAAAUAAUUCACAGUUGUCAAAAAAAAUGUCUUCAAAUGUUUUUAAAAUACUUCUUAGUCCCAUGAUUUAUUUAUUUUUUAUUAUCUGUACGUGAAGUACAUGCAGAAUUCUCCAGGAAAAGUUCUGAUACUUUGUUGUAAAAGUCUGAUCACCUCAUGGUGAGCUUGGGUAUAUAACACUCCAUCUUGGAAGUCAAAUUUAUUCAUUUAUUCAUAGGAAAUGUGCAAAUUCAACAAUUUAUUAUUGUUUUUUAAAUUUUUUCAUCAUGACUGGUGAGGCUCUGACUCACCUGCGUCCUCCGACUGCCCUUCAGUGCUUAUUACCAUAAAAUAUGUGGUUUUACGAUUCGUGUUUCAUCCAUCCAUCCAUCUACUUUCUAUGCCGCUUAUCCUCACUAGGAUUGCGGGGGCAUGCUGGAGCCUAUCCCAGCCGACUUCAGGUGAGAGGCGGGGUACACCCCGGACUGGUUGCCAGCCAAUCAUAGGACACAUACUGUAUAGACAACUAAUUCCUGCAGAAAAGAAGAGCACCAGCAGAACAAACCUGUGUGUUGACGGGUCUUCCUAAAGUUCCUGCUCAUAAAUGACAUUAUCUGCAAUUACAAAGCUCUGUAAGAAUCAUUGGAUGCCAUUCUGUCGAAGUAAAUUACGUGUUUUGCUUGCUUAA